AUGAAUUCUAACUGUGACUUUGAAAACGGUACUAUGGAUCAAAAGAGUGCACCUGUCAAAAGCAUAUUGGAUUUCUUCAGCAACCCCUUAGAGCCUACCGAACUCAUUGAUGCUGAAAACGAUGUGGAUGAGCUUUAUGCGCUUUGCGAUGACCCGAUGCAAAUACCAGUUAAACUUAUUGACGACCAGUUCCGCUUUGCUGAUCUUAGCUCCAUACAGGAUCUCUUCGUGGAAAAUAGUGGGUUUCUAGUGGUCAGCGCGAUUGGAAUGCAGUCUACCGGGAAGUCUAGUUUGCUGAAUGUUUUGGCCAACCAGUUAACUCCUGAUACCGGUCUGAUUGAUGGCCCGUUUGUUGUACAGUCCAUGAAGAACUUGGUGACCAACAGUCCACAAACGGGUGGAAUUGAUUUAUAUAUUACACAAGAUCGGAUCAUUUUGCUGGAUGCACAGCCCCUCCUUUCAUUCGCUCUGACGAAUUAUCAUAGUCAAAGUUCAACAGCUCAACGUUCCGAUCGAGUCGAUAUCGCUCCCCUGGGUUUGGGUGAUUCUGCCAGUUCUACGUGCACCUUAUUUGGUCCGGGCAACUGGUCUCUGGACGUUUGGCCGGAAAUGGCAUCCCUUCAGAUCAUUACGUUCCUCCUCAACGUUUGUCAUGUGCUUCUGGUGGUCACUGAUAAUCUGAGCACAGCUCCAUCUCAGUUAUACCGUCUGAUUGAUCGUGCCGCCGCGCUGAAACCAACAGUCUACACACCGUCUGUUCUCCCACAUUCUGCAUUUGUCACCGUUCUGUCGCAAACAAACCGUCGGGGAAGCGGUCUACCCAAUGGCAUAGCAACCAAACACCAGAAUGCACGACAUCAAGUUCAAGCAUCUAAAUUGGUUAGUGCAGCUGGAUCGGAUGUUCUCCAGAGGGACGUGGAACUCAAUGGAGCAUAUCAACAACCGCAAAGUGAAGAUGAUGAUGAGGCAGAUGACACAGUUGGUGAACAACCCAGAAGUGCUGGAGUAGGCUCUGAUGGUUUGCUAGCAUCGGUGGGACCAACCGGUUUGUUGCACACUCGAAGUCAAGAUGCUGGACAGCCCCUUGAGUCGGAGUCUGGUGACGUGGUGGACGCACUCAACAGACUCAAAACCCUUACUGACUAUUCAGCAUCACUAAUUCACGUGUACAAUCAAGCACCUGCUGCCGCUUUCCUGGAUCCUGUUGUACGCCAGCGACUAAGAAUGUUCCGCCAACAAUUGCUUCCCAUGUUAUUUCCUGGUUAUCGACGUCUGGCUGCACUAAUCGGAGUUGGACCGCAAAUCCUUUCGGCUCAUCUCGCCUCCAGGUCCCGUACUCAGGUUCCAGUUGCGACACUUCAGACAACAGAGGAGAAUGUGCGCCAACCGCUCAUGUCUUCUGGUGGAUUGAAGGUUGGAGAGGGUCAUGUUAUUGGUACAGACGUAGGAGACAGCUGUGGUGCGAUAGAUGCCCGUAAUCCAUCGAUUUGUCUUUCGGCUUCUGAUCCUUCCAUUGGUGGGAUUGGAAUGCGUGAGGACGGUCACCCGGCCAGUUCACUCCAGCUAUCCUCUGCCCAUGAACUGCACAGUGGUCAAACACCGUUAGGAUCAGAAGUCGCUGCAGACGAGCGUCUUUCAGACAAAGUCGUCUUAGCGGAUUCUUCUCCACUCACUGAUGAGGUGGCUCCUCAGAUACCUGAGCUUCAGGAGCAACCUUCUGUAGAAGGCCAUUCACAUGCUCCUCGGGAACAAGAAUGUCGACUCCUCCAAUCUCAGUCCUCUAUCGCAACGGGUCAGGAUACACCUGCUCAGCCCACUUCCGGGGACCCACCUGUGCUAGCAAUCACGGAAUCCCAAAGUGGCCACCGACCUAUACCAUGUUGUCCAGUUAAUGCAGGUUCGUCAAGCAGUGCAACACAGCCUCCUUUGUCUGAUGCCAAAGAGGCUGAUGUAGCAGCUGAAUGUUAUCCAAUUCUACAGGCCGUUGAAGCUGAGUUAAGAGGCUUGCUUUGUCGUGUUCCGAGGUUGGCGAUCGAUCCAUCUUCUCAACUUACUACGGGCGGCAGUGAACUCUACGGUGCUUCAGCGGAUCAUCCUAGCCUGUGGGAUGGGGAGCGUCAAAAUGCGGAGAUGGCGAAUAUGACUCAUCAAGUCCAGUCAGUACGGCGACGCUUCUUUAACAUCCAACGUCGUUUGGAUCAUCCACGGAUGUUUCUCAUUCCUGUCGUUGACGAUGAGGGUAAUUCCCCUGUUGGUUGCCCAACUUAUUCUGCCUCAGUCAAAUCCUUGCAAGAAGCAAUUUUAUCCACGCCGAGGCAACAUAUGAUGCCGAAAUUGACGGAAAAGAAAUGGAUUUUGUAUGCACAGAAAAUGUGGGAAACCGUUUUGACCUCUCCUAUUUUAUCUGACUAUCAUUCUGUAUUAUCGACCUAAUAUAAAACAUUUUC